UAAUGAUACCUACAAAAUCUUGUAGUCUUACAAAGAAUUUGAUACCGUUGACGGAUAAAGCACCAAGGGCGGUUUUGACAUGGAACAUGCAUGAGAAAGUAAGGCGAAACAAGGAGAUUUGGGACGACCCAGAUUCAAUUGUCCACAGAUUGCCAAAACACUAUCAAAGAAGAUAUUGGAAGAAUUUUGUGCUUUCUAAACCUGCUCCAGUUCAUUAUACACCGCCUGAGUUUAGAUAUUACUGGGAUACUAAGAGGAAUGUUCAACUUGAGACUGAGGAAUAUCCAAUUCUUCCAUUACGUUGUCCUGAACAAGAUCAAGGGCUUUGGGGUGGUGAAGGAGUUAUUAAAGGUUAUAGAGAGUCAAAUCCUAAACUUAAAAAGAAGAUACUCCCAAGACUCUGGAUACCUAAAUUGUGGACUCCAACUAUCAAAAGUGCAUUACUCUAUUCAGAAAUUCUGGACAUUUAUAUGAAUAUUAAUGUUACUGAUAGAGUUCAACGACUUAUUGAUCAACAUUUUGGCUUGGAUUUAUAUUUACUUGAAACACCAGAUGUUGAUAUAGACUCGAGACUUGGCAUUGAUUUGAAAAGACAACUUUUGUUAGCAUUGGCAAGUAAGAACUAUUAUCAUAAUGAUUCCGUCCGUCAAGAAUAUAUCGCGAACAAGUAUUCUCGGUUUGUUAUACCUUUGGAAGAAGCUGAAUGGUAUGGACUUGAUUUGAAUACCGCUUGUCGAAAGCUACAAGAUAUUGAAGAUAAUAAAGAACCAGUCCCACUAAGGAAACUAUUUUCGGAAGAACUCAUCUCUGAAAUUAAAAAGGGUGUAAAAAGUGAAGUUGUUCCUUUGGAAGAAGCGGAGGAAGAAGAGGAAGGUUUAACUUAUGAGAAGGAUAAAUGGAUUGGAUGGAGGAUAUAA